UGUAAACUUCUGACGGUCUCUAGUGGCACCACCUUGGUGGUAGGACUUCCCCUUUCCACAUCUCACUUGAAACCAUGCCUUUAUAAAUUUAAGAAAGAUGUGGUGAUUUACUGCAGUGCCAUUCAGAUAGUAAUUAAACAUCAUUAUAGGCACUCAGGAAAAACUAAUGGUCAUUAAAUCACUGAGCUUUUCACUUGAACUUUGAGGAAACUAUCUGCAGUUCUUUUCUGCUGUAAGAUUUUUUUUAACUUUCAACUGUGAUUCCUGCUUAUUGGUGUUUUCCUUUUGGAAAAUACCUUCUUUGUAUCUGCAGUUGAUGGAGAACUACAGUUUGAACAGCUUCAUGCUGCAGAUCGAAGGGUUAAAUGUUGAAGAGACUUCUGUGUUCCCUGUAUUCUUCUUAUUACUUUUCUCCUAUCUGUAUAUUAUGAUAGCCAACAUUGGGAUUGUGGUUCUCAUCAUCAUCGAUAGAAGCCUCCAUCAGCCCAUGUAUUUGCUGUUUUGCAACCUGCCUUUUAAUGAUAUUCUUGGAAACUGUGUCAUGUUGCCUCGUGUGCUGAUGGAUAUUCUUCAGCCUCCCUCUGAGCGUCUCAUCAGUUACUAUGAAUGCGUUGUUCAGGCUUUCUUUUCACACAUUUUUGGCACCGCUUCCCACACGGUGCUCAUGAUCAUGGCCUUUGACCGAUACGUGGCCAUCUGUAAUCCUCUGCGUUACUCUGCAAUAAUGACCAACAGAAUGGUGCUGAAGCUGACCGUCUCUGCCUGGGGCGUAACCUUUGUUCUGGUCGGGAUUCUGCUGGGUCUGACCGUACGGCUGAAUAGAUGUAGGAGUCUCAUUGCAAAUACCUAUUGUGACAACGCCUCACUGUUCAAGCUGUCCUGUGAGAGCGUGGUCAUCAAUAACAUCUACGGCCUGACCUUCACCGUGGUUCUGUUAACAGCCUCUAUAGGCAGCAUCGUCUUCACCUACACCAGGAUCACUGUUGUCUGUCUGACCAGCAGGAACAAGUCUCUGAACAGCAAAGCCUUGAAGACCUGCAGCACCCACCUCUUUGUCUACAUGAUCAUGUUUGUUUUUGGGAAAGUGAACAUUGUGCUGCAUCGGUUCCCUGAGUACUCAGACUACAGAAAAAUGUGUGUGAUUCUUUUUCAUAUUAUCCCCGGCAGCCUGAACCCCAUCAUUUAUGGAGUUCAGUCCAAAGAGAUGAAAAGGUUUCUGUCGAAGCUGUUCUGCUCCAGAAAGGUUCUGUCAUCAUAACAAUGUAAAAUAAAAUGAGAUUUGAAUCACUGUGUAAUUGCAAAGCAGUUCUGUUUAUUAUUCAUGCUUGGUAGACUGGAAGUGUGUGUGCAUGGGUGGGUGGGAUACAAGAAUGUUCUGGUGUUGGUCUCCACCUUUGUUUUCAUUGCUGGGUGCAGCUGCUGGAGGCUUCCUAGAGUCCUAGGUGGCUGGAGUUCUUGCUGACAGCACUAGCUGGCCCGGGCCCUCCCUGGGAGAAGCUGGCUACCUAACUGGGUCUCAUCUCUGUCAUCCCAGGGGAACCUCGUAGGGGUCCCUAUUGCUCCUUGCUCUGUUGUGAGUGUGUUGAGCGGCAUCAAGACAGGACUUGGGCCAGAUGGCGAGCACGUGCCUGGUAGGGGAUUCAUGCUGCUUCCUUAGUUUCUGUCCCCUCCUUACUAACAUAUGCAGCACAGCAAGACAAUUGCAUCCUCUAGUGUGGGAUGGCAGACAUUGCUGGCACGAAGGGAGUACCUGGUAAUGCUGACCUUUGACUUGAUCAUUUCAUUCAAAAAGCUGAAUGAUAUUAUUCUCUUUUAACAGAAUUUAAUAUAUUAGAGUGAAAUAAUCAUUCAUUUGUCCUUCUGUUAGGAAUUAUAACGGUUUCAGCAGCAAAGUGGACAAAUGAAGGCCCAAUGCUUCACACCAAAUCCAAAUGUGAAAAAACUAAGCAGCUGUGAAAAACAUAAAAAGUCAUGUAUAUAAAGCAGAUACCCAUAUAAACCAUUAUUUUAAUGGAAACUUGUACAAAUGAGGCUUUUUAUAUUUAUCUUGUAGAAGAAUAUGAAGAAUUGUGCAAGACAACUUUAGAGACCUGUUGACUAAACCCCUGUCCACACAGAGACAUUAGCUGUAUAUUCACAUUUAGGCUUUUUGUCCCAAUGGCUGCUGCAUUUUGAGAAGCCAUAGAUGAUCAUUUCUGAAACCAAGUCCCAGAGUGGAUACAUUUCAAGAUGCCAGUUUAAGUUUUCCAUGUGUACAUGUAGGCUUCAUCUUUUGUUAAACAAUGACAUUGCAGCUUUACCUAUUUCUGUAAACUGCAUGACUCUCACAAAUAACAACAAAGAUUGUGCUGCCAUAUUGUUAUGAUUGUUAGUUGCAUCCUCAGACUCUUCCUUUUUAACGAGCUCGCUCAACACAGCGUGUCCCAUGUCUGAUCCCCCGCCAUAGUGCUGUGUUUACUUCACAUGAGUUGUCUGUGCAUGCCCGGUGGUUUUAGCAUGUUUCUUUAGCACUGUCACAACGCCAACUUCUACAGCCUAUUCAGUUGUGCUACGUCCUCUUGUGUGUACUCACAUUUCUUUCUUAAUUGUUAAUGAAAAUUUACCAUGCUCAUCUCUGUGUAGACAAGGCCUUGGUGUUUCCAAAACCAGAACCAGACAAAGUAAGGCAGCUUUUAGUUUCUAUGCUUAUCAGAUCUAGAACAAACUUUGUGAAAACCUGAUAUUUGGAAACUAUUGGUUCCUUUAAAUCAGGACUGAAAACAUGACUGUUUGCUGCCUGUUUUGAUUGAAGAAUUUUUGUGAUGAACUGGUUGAAACAUUUUGCUUCUUUUAUGCAAUGCUUUGAUGUUUUUUUUUCUUUCUGUCUUUAUUUUUAUGUCCCACAAAGCUCUUUGGAUUGCCUCGUGUAUAAAUAAACUUGCCUUGUCUAUUCCUUUGGG